CCAACCGCUGGGUUUGAAUCGCGGCACCGCUCUGUGGCUGCGGGAUGGGUGCCCCGUCGUUGCCUCCGGCCUGGCAGCUCUACCUCAAGGACCACCGCGUCUCUACGUUCAAGAACUGGCCCUUCUUGGAGGGCUGCGCCUGCACCCCGGAGCGGAUGGCCGCGGCCGGCUUCAUCCACUGUCCCACUGAGAACGAGCCCGACUUGGCCCAGUGUUUCUUCUGCUUCAAGGAACUGGAAGGCUGGGAGCCAGAUGACGACCCCAUAGAGGAACAUAAAAAGCAUUCGUCUGGCUGUGCUUUCCUUUCUGUCAAGAAGCAGUUUGAAGAAUUAACCCUCAGUGAAUUUUUGAAACUGGACAAAGAAAGAGCCAAGAACAAAAUUGCAAAGGAAACCAACAAUAAGCAGAAAGAAUUUGAAGAAACUGCAAAGAAAGUCCGCUAUGCCAUUGAGCAGCUGGCUGCUUUGGAGUGAUGCCUGCCCAUAUUUACCGGUCCCACAGUCCAUACAUCAUUUCCAAGCACAUUCUCUGGUGUUACCAGCUUUUCCGUGGGGCCCCUUAA